AUGACACAUAUCUACACGUUCCACCUACCUCCCUCAACAUCCUACACGUUCCACCUACCCCCAUCUACAGUCUACACGCUCCACCUUCCUCCCUCAACACCCUACACGUUCCACCUACCCCCAUCUACAGUCUACACGUUCCACCUACCUCCCUCAACACCCUACACGUUCCACCUUUCUCCCUUAACACCCUACACGUUCCACCUACUCCCAUCUACAGUCUACACGUUCAAACCUACCUCCCUCAACAUCCUACACGUUCCACCUACCCCCAUCUACAGUCUACACGCUCCACCUUCCUCCCUCAACACCCUACACGUUCCACCUACCCCCAUCUACAGUCUACACGUUCCACCUACCUCCCUCAACACCCUACACGUUCCACCUUCCUCCCUCAACACCCUACACGUUCCACCUACUCCCAUCUACAGUCUACACGUUCCACCUACCUCCCUCAACAUCCUACACGUUCCACCUACCCCCAUCUACAGUCUACACGUUCCACCUACCUCCCUCAACAUCCUACACGUUCCACCUACCCCCAUCUACAGUCUACACGCUCCACCUUCCUCCCUCAACACCCUACACGUUCCACCUACCCCCAUCUACAGACUACACGUUCCACCUACCCCCAUCUACAGACUACACGUUCCACCUACCCCCAUCUACAGUCUACACGUUCCACCUACCUCCAUCAACACCCUACACGUUCCACCCACCUCCCUCAACACCCUACACGCUCCACCUACCCCCAUCAACACCCUACACCUUCCACCUACCAACCUCAACACCCUACACGUUCCACCCACCUCCCUCAACACCCUACACGCUCCACCUUCCUCCCUCAACACCCUACACGUUCCACCUACCCCCAUCUACAGUCUACACGUUCCACCUACCUCCCUCAACACCCUACACGUUCCACCUUUCUCCCUUAACACCCUACACGUUCCACCCACCUCCCUCAACACCCUACACGCUCCACCUACCCCCAUCAACACCCUACACCUUCCACCUACCAACCUCAACACCCUACACGUUCCACCCACCUCCCUCAACACCCUACACGCUCCACCUUCCUCCCUCAACACCCUACACCUUCCACCUACCCCCAUCUACAGACUACACGUUCCACCUUCCUCCCUCAACACCCUACACCUUCCACCUACUCCCAUCUACAGUCUACACGUUCCACCUACCUCCCUCAACACCCUACACGUUCCACCUACCAACCUCAACACCCUACACGUUCCACCCACCUCCCUCAACACCCUACACGUUCCACCUUCCUCCCUCAACACCCUACACCUUCCACCUACCCCCAUCUACAGACUACACGUUCCACCUUCCUCCCUCAACACCCUACACCUUCCACCUACCCCCAUCUACAGUCUACACGUUCCACCUUCCAACCUCAACACCCUACACGUUCCACCCACCUCCCUCAACACCCUACACGCUCCACCUUCCUCCCUCAACACCCUACACCUUCCACCUACCCCCAUCUACAGACUACACGUUCCACCUUCCUCCCUCAACACCCUACACCUUCCACCUACUCCCAUCUACAGUCUACACGUUCCACCUACCAACCUCAACACCCUACACGUUCCACCCACCUCCCUCAACACCCUACACGCUCCACCUUCCUCCCUCAACACCCUACACCUUCCACCUACCCCCAUCUACAGACUACACGUUCCACCUUCCUCCCUCAACACCCUACACCUUCCACCUACCCCCAUCUACAGUCUACACGUUCCACCUACCAACCUCAACACCCUACACGUUCCACCCACCUCCCUCAACACCCUACACGCUCCACCUUCCUCCCUCAACACCCUACACCUUCCACCUACCCCCAUCUACAGACUACACGUUCCACCUUCCUCCCUCAACACCCUACACCUUCCACCUACCCCCAUCUACAGUCUACACGCUCCACCUUCCUCCCUCAACACCCUACACCUUCCACCUACCCCCAUCUACAGUCUACACGUUCCACCUACCUCCCUCAACACCCUACACCUUCCACCUACCCCCAUCUACAGUCUACACGCUCCACCUUCCUCCCUCAACACCCUACACGUUCCACCUACCCCCAUCUACAGUCUACACGCUCCACCUUCCUCCCUCAACACCCUACACGUUCCACCUACCCCCAUCUACAGACUACACGUUCCACCUACCUCCAUCAACACCCUACACCUUCCACCUUCCUCCCUCAACACCCUACACCUUCCACCUACCAACCUCAACACCCUACACGUUCCACCUACCCCCAUCUAA